CCCAGUUCAGCCUUUUGUCGCUCGCAGGGGCGGGAGCUGCAGGUCCCAGGCUGCAAGGCAGUGGGGUGUGUGUGAGCGCGCGUGUGCGUGUGCACAUGUGUGUAUGUGUGUGUGUGCGCGCGCGUGGCCUUCCGGCAGCUGUCCCCCCCACCGCACCCACCGCACCCACCGCCUCUGGCGCGCUGCCCCCGCCCCUGCCCAGCUGAGUGCGCCCCGGCCGCUGAGCUGCCUCCCCGCUCCCCAAGCGCGAGCGCCGGGACCCCUGGCGCGCCCCGGGUUCAAAGGCCCCGCGCGGCGGCCCCAGCCCCUCCGGGGGGCGGGGAGGCGAGGGGGUGGUGCGGGCGCCAGAAAAGCCCGAGCCCACAGCGGCCCUGCGCAGGGAUGGGCAGCGCGCUCUCAAGUGUGUGACCGCCGCCGCCAACUCCCGGCCGGGCCGGGGACGCAGCGAGCGAGCGCCGGCCUCGGACCCCGCAGCUGGAGGGCGAGGCCGCUGUGCGGGGCCCAGCGCCCUUUCUUGGCCGCCGGCGUUCCGUGCUCCCGGCCCGGUGCCCGAUCGGGGUUCAUGGAGCCGGGGCUGUGGCUCCUCUUCGGGCUCACAGUGACCUCCGCCGCAGGACUGGCGCCUCGCCCCCAGCCUGGGGACGCUGGCAGGAGCGGCAUGCCUGGGCCCCCCACCGCAGCCAGAUCUGAGGGGGACAUCGAGGAGAUUGUGGCCACUACUGCAGUGCAGGGUUUGAUUCCCAGACGCCCUGGGCAGGAGCAGAAACAGGGUCGGUUUGGGGAGCAGGCAUCCAAGGGGGGUCCUGUGCACCGCCGCGCGAGGCGCUGUACGUGCUUCACCUACAAGGACAAGGAGUGUGUCUAUUACUGCCACCUGGACAUCAUCUGGAUCAACACUCCUGAACGGACCGUGCCCUAUGGACUGUCCAACUACAGAGGAAGCUUCCGGGGAAGGAGGUCCACAGGGCCAUUCCCGCAGAGCCCGCAGCCCUCUGAGUGGACCCCACGCUGCUCUUGUGUGCAGAGCCAGGACAGCGCCUGUUUGCACUUCUGCGCCCGCACCCUGGCUGUCAGCAGGAACUCAAGGACGGCAACAAAUCCUGACAAAGAAGAGCCAGUCAGCGGUGCCAACGGAGGCCUGCGUCCGAGGAGGAUAGGCUGAAGUCAAGGACGGACAAAGUGAGCGGGCCUUAGGCCUCCAGCAUCAAAUGCUUCCCCGGGCAGGGCUCCUCGUUCGGACUGUGGCUCUGCGGUUUUAGGAGCCCCCGCCAAAGCAGGCCCCGUUUCAGGGGCCCUCGGUCCCUGCUUCUGCCCGCUUCACAUUCCCACCUCUUGGAGGUCAAGGAAGGCAUUUUGCCCCCCGGGAGAAGAACCCACCCAGAGGGUCCUCACUUAACAAUACCGCCCUACCCCAAGAAUGCCCCCAUCCAAAGGACCCGGUUUCUCUAAUGGGUAAAAUGAUCCCAGAUGUGCCCCAGAGCCUGACGCCCGCGGCUCGGGUUUCAUGCAGGAAAUUGUUUUUGGAGCGGUAGAGCACGUUGGAAAGCCACUUGCUGGCUUUCGCCUUCUCCUGGAGGACAAGUGGGCUCCAAGCUGGCUUUGCACACGUGAACACGUAUCCCCUUGUACCCGACGCAGCGGGUGGCGGGAGGGUGCAGCAUUCACGUCCUGGCGGGGGGCGGCCCCCCAGCGGGAGCCAGGAGCGCGCUGGGCGUCGAUUCUGGGUGCGGGUCGUAGCUCUGCGGAGUUGAGGACUGUGAAGCUGAUCGGAUGCGGACAGAGAUCUUCAGCUGCGCGAGGUGCCCUCCGGAAAGAAUAGAUCUUAAAAAAAAGAAAGAAAAAAGAACAAUGUUUGUGAUGUUUGCGACCUGCAAAGGAGUCCAUGAGUAUCUGUGGGCUUUGAGCCCCGGGCGGGUGGCUGAGCGUCUGCUCUUGGUCGGGCUCUGACUUUCUGUGCCUUUUGCGGGUCGUCAGACAGGGCACGGCGGGCCCCUUCCAGGGGAGCCACAGUAAAGGCAGCCAGCUGCAGCUCAGGGCGAUUUGGGAGAAUAUUUGCUUUCAUGAAUACAUGUGGAUCUUUGGGGAAUGGCUUCAAAGUAAGUCACAAAUGCAAACCCUUUGUAAAUUAUGUAAAUUCCUAUUUAUCUAUAUAAUUGGCAAGCACUGGGUCAUGCCCAGCAGCUCACCCUCCGCUCCAGCUGUGCUUUUGGCCAGCCCAGGAUUACUGGAUCUUACAGAGGGACGUGGGGCGAUGUCACCAACAGGGACGGCCCCUCCCUCCGCCCCUCUGCCCCCAAGCCCCAGCCCCCGUCAGCAGAGAGAGGAGAACCUCCAUCUGAGGCACGCCCAGGUCACCCUGCAGGGAAAUUCAAGGUGGUGGGGGACUGAGCCGUGGCCUUGACCAAAUGUUGAGUUCUCCAUGAGUAUUUCCUAAGUUAUUAUAGGUAUAAAAGUGAGUAUCCGCCGUGAGGAAACAGAAGGGACUGGUUUGCCAGCAGGGGUGUGUAACGUAGAGAAGCAAUUAUUUAUUUCGAGACCGUUCCUUACUUCAAUUCCUUUACGUGGAAAAAAGUUAAAAGUAACUGUUAAAAGUAAAGCCACUAUAUAGAGAGAAAGAUUUUAAAUUGUGUUCUGAAUCCAAACUCCUAGUCCUUAGAGCUUGAAUCACAUUUUUAAAACGCAUGUGAACUGUUUGGCUCUGUGGCAAGAUGGUAUCUUGGAGAGAAAUUCAUUCGUUGUGCUAACACUCAGAAAAUACUGUCAAAUGCAUAAUAAAAAAAUCUUGAAGUUUUCUCUG